CUUGCAUUUGUCAAUCUGCAAAUUCUUGCCAAUUGUUCGUUGCGGUCUCUUACAACUGUUUGUAAACAAUAAUAAUUAACAACUUGAAUUGUAUUUAAAAGCUAUAAAUAAAAGAAGCAAGCUAGCAACAUUUCGACAGUGAAGUCAUGCAGGAGAUUUGUGAAAAUCUGGACGAACUGGAGGAUGAUACAUAUGAUGACGAAAAGUCAGCGCGCACUUCAGAUGAAAAUCGCAAGCAGAAUCACAGUGAAAUUGAGAAGCGGCGUCGCGAUAAGAUGAACACCUACAUUAACGAACUAUCCUCAAUGAUACCCAUGUGCUUUGCCAUGCAGCGUAAGUUGGACAAGUUGACGGUGUUGCGCAUGGCAGUGCAGCAUUUGAGGGGCAUACGAGGCAGCCUGCAUCCAUAUAACGGGGGCGACUACAGACCUAGCUUCCUGUCGGAUCAGGAACUAAAGAUGAUCAUAUUGCAAGCCUCCGAGGGAUUUCUAUUUGUAGUGGGUUGUGAUCGCGGACGCAUACUCUAUGUAUCCGACUCUGUGUCGACUGUGCUGAACUGCACGCAGGCGGAUCUUUUGGGUCAGAGCUGGUUCGAUGUGCUGCAUCCGAAGGAUAUUGGCAAGGUGAAGGAGCAGCUAUCCUCACUGGAGCAGUGCCCGCGCGAGCGACUGAUCGAUGCCAAAACUAUGUUACCCGUCAAGACGGAUGUGCCGCAGAGCUUGUGUCGCCUUUGUCCGGGUGCGCGCCGAUCCUUCUUUUGUCGCAUGAAACUGCGUGCUGCAAACAAUCAGAUCAAGGAGGAGUCGGACACCUCAUCCAGUUCGCGCAGCUCCACCAAACGCAAGUCGAAGCUCAGCAUGGAUCACAAAUAUCAGGUUAUACAAUGCACGGGCUAUUUGAAAUCGUGGAUGCCCAUUAAGGACGAGGAUCAGGAUGGUGACAAUGAUGACCAGACAACGAAUCUCUCCUGUCUUGUGGCCAUUGGGCGCAUACCAACCAACGUUCUCAACUCGAGUGUGCCCUCCUCCUUGGACAACCAUCCUAACAUUCGGCAUGUGCUCUUUAUUUCGCGUCACUCUGCGGAGGGCAAGUUCCUAUUCAUUGAUCAACGUGCCACGCUGGUGAUAGGCUUCCUGCCCCAGGAAAUAUUGGGCACCAGCUUUUACGAGUACUUUCACAACGAUGACAUUUCUGCGCUGGUGGAGUCCCAUAAGAUGGUUAUGCAGGUGCAUGAGAAUGUUACCACGCAGGUUUAUCGUUUCCGCUGCAAGGACAAUGGCUACAUACAGCUGCAGAGUGAAUGGCGCGCUUUUAAGAACCCCUGGACAAAUGACAUUGACUAUAUCAUUGCUAAGAAUUCUGUAUUCCUAUAGGCGAUGUUUUAUGCCUAGAAAUCCAACUAAAGAGAAUCCAACUGGAAUUGCAAUG